CCUCCGGCCACCCUCGAGGCUCGUCGGGGAGGAGCCACCGCUUCCCGGGCUUCUUCCCGAGCGCAAAGCAACGGCCGCCGCCGAAGCCACCCCCGGCGCUCGCUCGGGAAGGGGAGGUCCUGCGGGCAGGAGGGAGGAGUGGCGGAGGCAGCGGCAGCGUGGCCGGACUCCUCCAGCCUCUUCUCCCAGGCAGUUCCUGCUCCCGGCCCGGGAGGCACCAUGGCCAGCAACGGGGGACGUGGAGGAGGAGGAGGAGGAGGAGGCGCCCCCUCUCUGGCGCGGAACGGGACCCCUUCGCCUCGGCGGGUGAAAAGGGGCUCGUCUGUCAGCAGCAGCUGCGGCGACUACGACCUCUCCGGCAAGGUGAUGCUGCUUGGCGAUUCAGGCGUGGGGAAAACCUGCUUCCUCAUCCAGUUCAAAGACGGGGCCUUCCUCUCGGGAACCUUCAUAGCCACUGUCGGCAUAGACUUCCGGAACAAAGUAGUGACAGUAGAUGGUGUCAAAGUGAAACUGCAGAUCUGGGACACUGCUGGCCAGGAGCGCUUCCGGAGUGUGACUCAUGCUUACUACCGUGAUGCACAGGCACUCCUCCUCCUCUAUGAUAUCACCAGCCGUAUGUCCUUUGACAAUAUUCGGGCCUGGCUCACAGAGAUCCAUGAAUAUGCCCAAAGGGAUGUGGUCAUUAUGCUGCUAGGCAAUAAGGCUGAUGUAAGCAGUGAAAGAGCAGUAAGAACGGAAGAUGGGGAGUCACUAGCCAGGGAAUAUGGAGUGCCUUUCAUGGAGACCAGCGCAAAGACCGGUAUGAACGUGGAACUGGCGUUUUUGGCCAUUGCAAAAGAACUCAAACAACGAGCUGUCAAUCAAUCAGAGGAGCCCAGAUUCCAGAUCCACGACUAUAUUGAGUCGCAGAAGAAGCGCACUAGCUGCUGUGCCUUCCUUUGAGGGAGACGGAUGUAAAGGCGGCCAGGGAGACCUUGUGCCAAGAAAAGAGGUCACGGCGCAGACUGGCACUUUGAAAAUGCAGGGGAAGGCACUGGCUAGUUUGGGGGGGGGGGGUUGAUCCUCUCCAAAGACAAUAUUUUUUAGAGAAUGCUGUUUGUAGACGAUAAGAAGUGUGUUGUGCCUGGUUUUUGGGGGGAAAGGUGUGUGGGGGGCAUAUAUGAAUGUGUGUGUGUGCUUGCGGACGUGCGCAAGGUAUUAUUACAAAGGCCAAGUGCGCCCACACGAUUGGCUGAAAUAUGCUUCAAGCAGAGAUGUAUACCAAGGCUCAGCUUUUCCAGAGUUAGAAGGAAAGGGAUGGGCCUCACCAAAUCUAAUCAAAUUCUGUUUGGCUGCCAUGCCACUGUCUUUCACCACCUACUUAGAUGGGGCCUGUCUGGAGCGGUGAUAAAACCACCUCUGCAGGACCAGUGGGACUGGGUGAUGGCAGAGAUGCAAGAUCUACAAAGAAAAAAAAGCAUCUCCUUCUGGCAGGCCCUUUAGGAGCAUUCUGUUUGAGGUCUCUUUCAGCAGGCUGAAGAGUUAAUGUCACAGCCAGAGCAUGACUGGCAGGGGGAAAGGCCACCACCCUUUUCCUUGCCCUAAAAGGUGAUGUUUUAUGUGAAAAAUUAAAUUAGCAGGGAUAUUUAGUAAUGAAGAAAGGAGACAGAUUUCCUUUUGACCUCUGGCCCCUUCCUGCUUCCCACACCCAAGGAUCCUGCAGCCAGGGCUCCUUCCUUCUCCUCCCUUCCUCCUCCUGCCCCAAGGAAAGGACCAGGAGAAGCAAGUAUUUAUUCACAGUGCCUGUUACGUCAGGAGAAUGCUCUGGAUGCACUGAGAUCACCGUGUAUUUUCCUGAGCAAAAACAAAAAUAUAUUUAAAAGUUGGCUCUUCUUUUCUUUUACAUCAAAUUAACAACUUUGGUCUAGGGAGGGAAUUUUACCCAUGUCGAAACAUCAUAGGCUCGGGGUGGUGUGGGGAACUUGUCACAUCUCUCCGGAAAACACUAGCACCCUCCAUUCCAGCUUUCCCUAUCUUGAUGCCAUCCAGAUGUGUUGGAUUGCAGGGCCCAUAAUCCACAGCAAAAGGCAGAAUUGCUUGGUGUUGAUGUGAGCUGUAGUCCAACAUAUGUGGAGGGCAUCAGGUUGAAGAAGAUUCUGUCUAUGCAGAUAAGUAGUUGGUGAUGCAAUCUUUAUUGAUCUUGUAAAGGAGUAAAAUUGUUUGCCCCUUGUAACUCCUUCAAUCUCUUAUAUAUUUUGGUAGGGUUUCGGGGAGUGAAGCAGGCUCCCUUUCCCAGUUCCUAUUAUUGAAGUAGCAUAGUUAAAUAAAUCCUGGAGCAUUUAUGUUUGGAGUGAGGCAAUGUCUCGUUUGUAGACAUCCAGAUCAUUCGAUUUGGACUCGUGCUUAAGGAUAUCAUUGUUCGUCCCCUACUGGAGGGAUCACAGGCAAUUCCUUUGGUCACCCCUGCCUAUAAUGUCUUGGCCACGAGGGACCCCUGAGCUGA